UUCUUCACAUGGCUUCUGAAGAAGUGACAAUUACAGUUCGCCUCAUUCGUUCAUUUGAACACCGCAAUUUCAAACCUAUUGUAUAUCAUGGAGUUAAUUUGGACCAAACUGUAAGGGAAUUUAUACUAUUUCUACAACAAGAUGUCCCUUUAAGGACCAACCUGCCACCACCAUUCAGAAAUUAUAAAUAUGAUAAACUGAAAAUAAUUCAUCAAGCAUAUAAGUCAAAGACAAGUGAUCUUGUGGUGGGUUUGGAAGAUGAUGACAGACUCCUGUUAAAAGAAGACGGCACUAUGAAAGCCAUGGGAAUUGCCAAUGAAACUGAAAUUGCAUUCUUCUGUGAAGAAGAUUACAAGAACUACAAAGCUAAUCCUAUUUCAUCCUGGUGAAGACUUCGCCCAGCUUCCUUUUU